AUGUUUUCUAACGUGACUGUCGUGGAGGAUUUAUUUAACGUGACUAAUAUAAGUAAGACGUUGAAGUUUGCUCUGCUGCUAGAUGACUACCUCUAUCAGCCUGAUAUUAUACUGAUAGUGCUGUAUGUGCCGACGAUACUGAUAUCUUUAGUGACGAAUAUACUACUAAUAGUCGUAGCAGUGAAAUGUAACUACACCAAAAAUUCCGUGACGAACAUCUUCCUGGUGAACCUGUCGGCGGCAGACCUGGUGGUGGCGGCGGUGUGCAUGCCCAUCCAGCUCAGCAAGGCAGUCACACUGGUGUGGUUCUACGGCGAGACUGUUUGCAAGAUAGUCAAUUAUAUACAAGGAGUAGCAGUAGCGGCCAGCGUGUUCACUCUCACCGCUAUGUCAGUAGAUCGCUGGCUGUCCAUCGCUCCAGAACCACGCCUGAGACCCCCCGGCCGAAGACAGGCGCUCAUGCUGAUAGCUCUACUGUGGCUGGCCGCGCUGCUCAUAUUCAUCCCCCUGAUCAUUGUCACCAUAGUGACUAAGGAGACCAUACCUGUGAUACCGAAGGAGAAUAAGAGUAUCUCGCUAGACACGAAGAUAGUCCACUUCUGCACGGAGGAGUGGCCCAAGCCGGAGUCCAAGAAACACUUCGGCAUACUCAGCUUCACGCUGGUGUACGCCAUACCUGGUUCUAUCACGAUCCUGUCGUACGCGUGUAUGGGUCGCACGCUGUGCUCCGUGCGACCGCCCUUCGAUAUCGACGAGGGAAAUGUUAGCAUGCAGCAGGGUCUGCGUCUGAUGAAGGAGCGCAAGCGAGUCGCCUGGUUGCUGCUGCUGCUGGCCGUGCUAUUCGCGCUGUGCUGGCUGCCAUACAACAUACUCCAGCUGUUGCUGGACAUCAACCUGCUCAGUCCCACAGAUCUAAGCGACUAUCUGCCGUACGCGCUGUUUAUUGGUCACGCGAACUCGGCGAUCAACCCCAUAGUGUACUGCCUCAUGACGCGGAACUUCCAGCGGUCCGUGCAGAAGCUGCUGUGCGGGAGGGGCGCCUGCCAGCAGACUAAGUUCACGUGGCGCUGCACUAAGAAGCCUGACGGAUCGUCCAGUGACUACGACUUAUAUCAUGAGCCGCAUAAGCGGUGCUACUUGCAGAUGAACACCCUACGCUACAACGGCCACGUGCACGGCCUGCCCGUCGCUCGCGGAAUAGAGCCGCGAGCGACGCAACUGAGUCACGUGACCCGUUCCUCCCGCCGCACUGCGCCUGCGCAUACACUCUCCGUCGAGAUGCUACAGCGCCAUGGACACGUUGACUAUAAGCGUUAG